CACACACCCUCCUCUCCCCCUGCUCUUCCCCGGUACCGUUUCUUUCCUGUCGAGGAGCGUCACGUAGUUGUCCAGUGCGUCUCCUCAGAAACUCCACCGGUUCGCAGGGACUAUCAUUCAAAGGAAUACCAGCAGUGGAGCAGCAGGAGUGAGACCACACAACCGAAACCGGGAACCAGGGACAAGGGGUCUCCCCAAAAACCUGAGCCAUGAGUCGCAGCAUCGUGCGGCAGAGUAAGUUUCGCCACGUCUUUGGCCAGACGGUCAAAGCUGAGCAGGGUUACGAUGACAUCCGUGUUUCAAAGGUGACGUGGGACAGCUCCUUCUGCGCCGUCAACCCAAAGUUCCUGGCGGUCAUUGUGGAGUCGAGCGGUGGAGGAGCGUUCCUGGUGCUGCCCCUCGUUAAGUCGGGUCGAGUGGAUAAGAACUACCCGCUGGUGAACGGCCACUCUGGACCCGUCCUCGAUAUCGACUGGUGCCCUCAUGACGACAAUAUCCUGGCUAGCUGCUCAGAGGACACUACUGCUAUGGUGUGGCAGAUCCCAGAUCACUCGCUGACCCGCCCCCUCUCCGACCCCGUGGUGGUGCUGGAGGGUCACUCCAAACGAGUGGGCAUCAUCACCUGGCACCCCACUGCACGCAACAUACUUCUCACUGCGGGCAGUGAUAACCUGGUUAUAAUCUGGAACGUGGGGACGGGGGAGCCCCUCAUCACCAUGGACGACCACCCAGACCUCAUCUACAGCAUCAGCUGGAACCGAAACGGCAGCUUGUUUUGCACCACCUGUAAGGACCGGCGUCUGCGUGUCUGCGACCCCCGCAAGAGGGACGUGGUUGCGGAACGUCUGGCUCCACAUGAGGGGAUCCGGCCAAUGAGAGCCAUCUUCACCAAAGACGGAAACAUCUUCACCACAGGGUUCACCAGGAUGAGCCAGAGAGAGCUGGGACUCUGGGACCCGACACAUUUUGAGGAGCCAAUCGCACUGUUGGAGUUGGACACAAGUAAUGGAGUGUUGUUACCGUAUUAUGAUGCAGAUGCGAGCAUGGUCUACCUCUGUGGAAAGGGGGACAGCAGUAUCCGUUACUUUGAGAUCACAGAUGAGCCGCCAUUUGUUCACUACCUCAGCACCUUCAGCAGUAAGGAGCCCCAGAGAGGGAUGGGCUUCAUGCCCAAGAGAGGGGUGGACGUCACCAAAUGUGAGAUCGCUAGGUUAUUCAAGCUCCUGGACAAGAAGUGUGAGCCCAUCACAAUGACAGUGCCCAGAAAAUCGGACCUCUUCCAGGACGACCUGUACCCGGACACAGCGGGGCCCGAGCCCGCCAUGGAGCCUGAGGAGUGGCUGAAUGGCCACGACGAAGACCCCAUCCUGGUGUCCCUGAGGGGCGGGUAUGUGGCGCACAAGAGCCGGGAGUUCAAAGUGUCAAAGAAGAACGUGCUGGACUCCAGACCAACCACCCGACGCAGCGUGUCCACUUUGGACACCAACAAUCUUCCGCUCCCUUCUUUGUUUUGGUUUAUUUCUCCUAGUUGCUCACUGUCCUUGACCUAUUUUUUCUCUCUUUUUCUUUGUCCCAAAUUCUCCACUCCCCGUCACUGUCUUUAUUCCUUCCUUCUUCCCUUUUUUCUUCUCUUCUUUCUCCGGCCGUCCAGCCUGAGUUACUUGGGAGGUUGUUGGAGGAGCUGCAGAAUCUGAAGGCCACAGUUUUGUCUCAGGAGAAGAGAAUCUCUGACUUGGAGAAUAAGCUUUCCCAGUUCACUAAUGGCACUGACUGACGCGAAACAUGCGUCUGAAGAACUGGUCUACAUCUCAAAAUAUGUAUCUAUACAACUAUUAUAGAAAUACAUUUCCCUUGUUUUUUUUUCAAGGAACCAGUCUCCUAAAUACUCCAACAGUGUAGCUCCUUUAAAAAAGGUACCAUUUUGUAAAAAUAUGAAUGUGGACAAUGUCCAUGCAAAUAGACAGUCAAACUAAUUUGAACAAAUAACAUCCAUAAUGUGUAAUUGUUUGGCAGUUUUUCUACAUAAUCCUCAUUCCAGCUCAAACACAAUAUACCUUUACUGCUAUGGCAAAAGUAUUUUUAAUAUAUAAGUCAAGAAUGAGAAGAGUACAAAAGUGGAGUGAGGGAGCAGCAGGUUAGAGGGACGUGUGCACGUUGGGUUGAAGGUCUGAAUGAAGUCAGCAUUGUGAACACUUUUAAACGAUACUGUCACACCGUAAAAAUCAAAUGCACCAAAAAGACUUCCUGCUUGGAAUGGUUUGGCUUUUGGUAAGUUGCAUUGACAAACUAACAUCACGCUAAACAAAUCGAAAUACUUCAGUAAGAGACAAUCACCGACUAGUUUAUUUAGACUCUUUGAAAACUCUUCAAAAAUGUAAAUAGUGAUAAAAGGAAACAGGAGAAAAAAUGUUGAACUUGUAGCAAAUUGUGAAAAGCCAAAUGUUGUGUGUUCUGUAAAGCAUUAUACAAUAGACACAUUAUGACAACAAUAAAAAUCAGUGUUUUUUAAAUA